CUCGGCAUCUCCCAUCCAGUUCACCUUGAUAUCCCCUUCGUUCAUCUUCCACACUACAAGCAACCUCACCGAUAACUUUUGCUGUUUCGCUCCUUCUAAACCAACAUCUACAUAACACCCAACUACAUAUUACGAUCUCCCGCAAAUCUACCAAUAUGCGUUUCACAUCCGCUCCUAUGGGCUUGACCCUUCUCUCCGCCAUCUCCACCGCUUUCGCGCACAGUUGGCUCGACGACCUGACCGUAGUCGGCGGCGCUAGUAUCGCCUCCACUCUCGGCUCGAAGGGGUACAUCCGCAACUACCAAGGGCACGUUGACUCUACCUCUUCCUACCGCAUCGAGGACCCGACCCUCGCCGCGCCCGCCUGCGCACAAUUCCAGCAGAGCUCGACCUCAUACACCAACGCCUUGUACCCGCAGCUUACCGCAUUCGCCGGCGACUACAUCCAGGGGGCCUACCUCGAGAACGGCCACAUCUCGAAGAAGGAGUUGCCAGAGACGCAAUCGGGCACCACCUACUGGUUCGGCACGGCAGACAACUCGCUGCAGCCCACGCUCGCCGAGGUCAUGGCGUGGAAAGACGGCGGCGACGGCGCGCAGGGGAAGCUUCUCGCCGGGCCGACGGAUUUCGACGAUGGUACUUGCGUCGAGGAUAAUGGUACCCCCGAGGCGAUCAAGCGCAAGGCGGCCGGCGGCGGUGGACCCUGCAAGAGCACGUUCAAGCUCCCUGAGGACCUGCAGCCGGGCUCGACUUACACCGUCUAUUGGGUCUGGGACUUCUCACUGCACUUUGGCCCCCAGAAGGUCGGGCACACCGAGUGGUACACUAGCUGCGUCGAUAUCAAGAUUGGCGGAAACACAUCGACUGCGACGGCGGCGGCGGCAGCGGCCGGCAACAAGAGCACACGCAGCAUCCCCCGCAUCCGUGGAAGGGUCCCGGCGGCGAGGCUUUAGUGAAGUUGACGAGAGUGAUGGGCUGACGGACUGACGGACUGACGCUUUGUUUCCUGCAUUUCUUAUGUUUUUUAUCUGCAUAAAGGGGGGGGAGUUCCUUUUUCCUUUGGGUUUCUCUUGUAUCUGUCCUGGUUGGGGAAGCAUCAUAAACGGGAGUUUGUUGGACAUAACUGAUUGUUUUCUUUACGUUUUCUUUUUGUAUAUGGUCUUUUCGCAUUUUUUAAGCACGGGGAGAGGGGUGAUGGUCAUGAGUGACGAGAGUAGAUACGAAACUUUGGGGUCAUGUAUUGGUGAUGAAAUUUUAUGGUGAUGAAAUUUUAUGGGUUUGGC